AUGUCUUCAGGUACAAGCGACUUGAACAUUGAGAAUACCAACAUCAAGACUGCCAGCGGCGUCAGUCUCGAUGAACACAAGAAGACGCUUGUUGGAAGUGUGCUAGACCUGUUCGCAGGUCGGCCAUCGCUGAAGAAGCUUCAAUUAUGGGAUGAUAACGGUGUCUUCCAAGACCCUAUCACCAUAGCUGAAGGUCGCAAGCAAUACGAAGCUCAAUGGUAUGGCCUCCAGGCUGCCUUCUCGGAAAUCGAGCGCCUCCACCACGAGGUCACCUCCGGCGGCAACCCUAUCACUAUGGACCUGCGUACCCGCUACGUCGUAAAGGGCAUCGGCAAAGAGCAGACCAUCGACAGCAAGAUCAACAUCUUUCACGACAAGGAUACAGGCAAGAUCACAAAGGUCGAGGACAAGUGGGAUGGCAAGCUCCCUGAUAGCUCCCUCAUGAAUGCUUUCCGCAAGAUCAACGCUGUGACCGUGCCGAAGGUGGUUGGAGUGCCAAAGUCGGAUGAAGAGGACGCGAAAUUGGGCAACCAGUGA